CUGGCCAAAUAUACGUACGUGGAUAGGUGCGAGGAGGUACGAGCUGUUUCAAAUAUUUUAGUUAUUUCUUUUCCUUGCUGCUCUAUUUUUCUGGAAAUUCUACGAAAGUACUUUUAAAUAAGCAACCAGAGGACCUUUAGAGGAAAAGCGGAGCUGGAAGAUGCCAACAAAUGCAUCAGGAAAAUUUAUUUGGUCAAGGAAUUUCGCGUGAUUCAAUUGCAGUUCAUUUUCCCGGCAGUUCAUCGAGUCUUUCUCAAGUAGUGAAUAUUUAUGUCGUCAACUUGAUUUGAUUACGCUCAAAACCUAGAUGUGGGAUUGCUUAACAAAUCUCGAUUGGUCGUCCUAUCAUUCUUGCAUUUGCGGUUUCUGUUGUGGUGGAAGCACAAAGGCCCUUCUACCGGUGUAAAUAGCGAGUUGACCUGAAGCAUUCAAGCUGGUGUAACUUCCUUGGUUUCAAGUGAUCUCUUGGGCUACGUUAGUUGCUAGCUACAGUUGCAAUAAGCGCUUGUGGAUGUACAAGGAUUUCACUGAUGAACUGCAGUUAAUUCUUCAAAGAUGCCAUGGAUUGCUGAAUUCGGCAUUUGAGAGACAGCAGACAAACCAUUUUACCGAAUUCUUCUGGAGAAAUCUGAAUUUUUUAAUUGGUAAAGCUGCAGCUUAUUGUGUCGUUGCAUUUUACUGUCUUAGGCCGAAAGGAAACCUUUGCUUUACACCUCGGUCAUGCGAUUCAAGUUGAAAAGAACUUGCAAAUGUUUGGCAAUUUUAGUCACCUGUGCGGUUGUGUAUUUGUUCGCAAACUGCGGUUUCAGUGGCUGUUCAAAAUACGAACUGGAUCCGAUCCACGUGGCAGACUCGCACCCUAAACUCGGCGACAUGAUAAGCAUUGAGGAGUUUUGGACGCCGGAGAAGGAUAAAAUCAUUCCAGGCGGACCAGGUUCAAACGGGGAGCCUGUCGUAACGGAGCCAGAAAACGAACAAAAGAAAAGCAGAGCUUAUUCAGAAUAUGGCUUCAAUCAAUUUGUCAGCGAUCAGAUUUCUUUGGAUCGUUCCAUCAAAGAUACCAGACAUUCAGCAUGCAAGAGGCGCAAAUACCCACAAACUCUCCCCAAGGCUAGUGUUGUAAUAGUGUUUCACAAUGAAGGGUGGUCCACCUUAUUACGCACAGUUCACAGCGUUAUAAACAGAUCACCCCCACACAUGUUGCAAGAGAUAGUCAUGGUGGACGAUUACAGUGAUAAGGAACAUCUCAAGAAGAAAUUAGAAGAUUACACAAAAAAAUUAGGAAAAAUAAAAAUGGUCAGAACCAACGAGAGAGUGGGACUGAUAAAAGCACGGACAAUUGGUGCUAUAAAUGCUAUUGGAGAGGUUGUUCUAUUUCUUGAUGCGCACUGCGAGGCUAACCAGGGCUGGCUACCCCCGUUGUUGGAAAGGAUAGCCCUUGAUCGACGAACAGCAGUUUGUCCUACAAUAGACUUCAUUGAUCAUAACACUUUUGAAUACAAGCCCAUGGACCCCUAUAUCCGAGGAACUUUUAAUUGGAGAUUUGAUUAUAAAGAGAGACCAGUCCGUCCUGAGGAGAUGAAAAAGAGGAAAGAUCCUACUCAGGAAGUCAGGUCACCAGUAAUGGCAGGAGGACUGUUUGCUAUCAACCGCGAAUUUUUUAAUGAGUUGGGGCAAUAUGAUCCAGGGAUGUUCAUAUGGGGAGGAGAGCAAUAUGAACUGUCCUUCAAGCUCUGGCAGUGUGGCGGUCAACUGGAGAACAUCCCGUGUUCCCGGGUCGGACAUGUCUAUCGACAUCAUGUGCCAUAUUCAUACCCCAAGGCUGACGCCACUCUUAUAAACUUCCGUCGGGUAGCAGAAGUCUGGAUGGAUGAAUACAAAGAAUGGCUGUACGACAAGAAGCCAGAACUCCGAAAUGUAGACCCUGGUGAUAUCAGUGAUCGAAUUGCUCUUCGUAAGAGACUCAAGUGCAAGAGUUUCAAGUGGUACAUGGAGAACGUGGCUAAUGAUACUGUCAGAUCAAUAUAUGAACCCCUUAGGGCCAAUGGACCGAUCCGAAAUCCAAGUACAAAUCUUUGUUUGGAUUCCAUGGGAAGGAAGGCAGGAGGGGAGCUGGGACUAGUGACCUGCCAUGGCAUGAUGGGAAACCAGGCUUUUCAGUACACGUUUCUUGACGAGUUCCGACAAGACGAGGCUUGUUUAGAUGUAAGUCAAGGUCACAGCGGAGCAAAAAUAACGUUUUAUGGAUGCCACGAACUGAAGGGAAAUCAAGAAUUCAAAUACACCAAGGACAAGAAAUUGCUUCAUGUGAUUACAAACAACUGCGUAACAGCGACCAACAAAGGCUACCCAGUCAUGGAGCACUGCGAUGAUAUACCAGAACAAAUAUGGGAGAUAAAACUCAAUGAUCUCUCCAAACUGACAACUAAGAAAACUCCUUAACACCUUGCAAAAGGAGUAGUAUCUUGAGACUGAUUUAUACCGUCAACUGGCUUUCGGUUACGGACACCUUCCUUGAACGGGCAUUAAGCCAAGUUCCCAGGCUCAGACAAACACUUAAGUUUUAACCUUCACAUACAGACGGUUCCUCCAAAGUAGGCAUGUUUUUUUAUCCAACGCUCUUCAGUUACGGGAGAUUCAAUCCUCCGUAGGUAAAAAGAUGGCGACUGGUAUAUUAACACAAAAUGUUUAGCGCGUAAAAACUUAAGCAACGCUCAUAAAAACGUACAGAAAAGUUCAAAAACCGGCAAACCUUGCAUAAACAAUGCACAAUGUCGCUAGCACAGGGACAAAUGCUGCAAAAAUAUGGCUAUCCCAGUACUUUAUGGACUAUACGAAGUUCGCAUGGUAUUGUGGUAUACACCCGCCAUCUUUCUUUCUUACGGAGGAUUAUAUUUCAUUGUUCAAGAGCGUUGUUUCUUUUAACAAUGCCCAUUAGUUCGGUAGUUUCAUAAACUUUAGCGGAAUAUUAUCCUGAUUCCAGAGUUUUUUUCUCUUCCAUUUCUCAGUCAAGGGUGAUCCUCGACGCGUCCAGCGAGAAAAACCUUUAACCAGUGGGUUGCUGUCAUUGCCGGCAUUUUGGCUUUAGUAUACAUGAAGCAGAAAGAAGAAAAAAAAAACCUCUGGCUCAAGGGUAACGGAAGCUCGUUUAUAGAACAAAAUUUGGAGGUUUUGUCGCGUUACGAGGCCGGUGGCAAAAAGCAGACGACGGCAAAAUCCGUUCUCCAUGUUCUGCUCUUGCAUGUUUGUGAAUAACAAUGAACGAGAAAGAUGGGUGGACGAAUACGCCCAAUAUGAAGCCAUGUGUAGCGAGCAAACUUGCUCGGUCAAAAGAUAGACUUGAUUGGUAUAACUAAUAAGGCGAUCAAAAGAAAAUUAUCUCUUCACAAUUAUAUUACUCAGCGAUAACUAGGUUUCUCUUUUUUUUAACGAAAAGUCCAAAGAUCUUUGUAAUGUAGAACAACAAUUAAGUUGAGAUAAUACGUAACUGCACUGAUUUUGUCCUUUUAGUAGUCAUUUCGCAGGCUGGUACUACAAGACUCUUAAAGUACAUCUCAAAUAUGUAACCAUUUUAGAAGAAUUAGUUCCCGAUUCCUCUGAAUUUCACGUACUGUGAGUUUAAUAAUGAACUCUAUUAGCAUUUUUGAUGUGUUUUUCAAGCUGUGGUGAAAAUUCCAUCCACUGAAGAGAUUGGAAAGCCGUCAUCAAUACAAACAUGUCAUCUCCGAGGGUCCAGACAAAAGCGUUUUUAAGCAUAUUGAUAAUUCAUUUUUCAGUUCCAUGCAGCUCCAAAGUUGUUUUAGUGUAAUUAAUUAUCCAUGAAGGCAAAUUGGCGGAGCUUCAUGCUAGGUUAGAGCAUCUAAAAUUUUCAUGUCGUGCGAUAUCGAGAGAAAAUUUGACGACAAAAACUAAGUAUGGACAAUACUUAUAGAAGAUGUAACGUUAGUACGCCUGGGAGGCAGGACGCGUCAUUUCAAGGGAACAGAAAUUGGCGCAUAUGUUUGCCUUGCGUAAUGCAGAAACAGGCAAAGUUUUGGAGAAUUCCAGUUCUCCUGAAUUUUCUUUCAUGUUUCCUUCAGGGCAUGACGUCUGCGCCGAUGCUAUUUCUUUAAAAUUUUGUAAGGUGAAACCAACGAAAUGGAAUGAAACGUAAAGACUAUGUGUUUACAUAGCUUCGAGUAAAAGGACUACAAUACCAUGUCGCGUUUUAUGAUCACAAUUUUAUAAAUUGAACAUAUUUCAUUGUUCCAUAUUUCUUAAUUAUAUUGCUGAAAUCUAAUAUAAAAUGACUCGUUUUGUAAAACGUGUUAGAGUACUGUGUUAAUCUUAAAAACAUAAGAACUGCUUUUAGUUAAGGAUUGGAAGGCGUGAUGGUCUCAUGGUGAAUACUCGCGACUCCGGAUCGAGUGGACUGGGUUCGAGCCCUGACCGGAGACAUAAUGUUGUGUUCUUAGGCAAGACACUUCACUGUCACAGUGCCUCUCUCCACGCGGGCGUAAAAAUGGGAACCGGCGAA